AAAUAAACUUUGCUGACGUGUAGGAGCUGCUCGGAUUCAUCGCUCAGUCCUUGAUGUCAAUGAUUUUGGACCCGUGGUCGUGACUUUAAAAGAUGAGUGUGGAGGUGGAGAGAAAAUUUGUAUGCAGUGCUGACACACAGAAGACACUGGAGGAGAUUGGAGCGGUGUGUGUCGGUCAGCGCCAGUUUCACGACCAGUACUUUGACACCCCCGACUUCCACCUCACUUUGAGAGACAUGUGGCUGCGUAAACGCAAAGGAUGCUGGGAGCUCAAGUGUCCAACAGCAACAGGCGGCGAGACAGAAGAGACCAGUGGGGAGCAAAGUAAAGAGGCAGCUCUGUGCACUCGCUACAAGGAGAUAACCAAUCCUCUUGAGAUUCAACAGAGAGUGAGAGAAGCCAUACAAGACAACUGUGGGGAAGAGGAGGGUACAUGCACACUGCUAGAAAAAGAUGAAGGACAAGCAGGCAUGGAGGCAGGCUGUGUAAGCCAGGGGCAGCCAGUUAUUGACCCAGAUGGACGUAAAACAGCAGAGAAAGGCUUGUCACAGGAGGACGACUCCUGGUUGAGCGAGCUGCAUCUGGUGUGUUUUGCGGAGUUUACAACAGCACGUUGUUCCUUCACUCUCCAGGAGGAGGGAGUGCAAGUAGACCUUGACCAAGCUGACUUCGGCUACCAUGUAGGGGAAAUAGAAGUCCUGGUGUCGGAGGGAGAGGAUGUGCAGUCUGCCCUGGAGAGGAUCGAAAGAACAGCUCGAAAGCUGGGUCUGACCGGGGAUCAGCGAGUUGAAGGAAAAAUGAACAUUUACCUUAAAAGAUACCGUCCAGAGCACUAUGAAAAACUACUCAGUGCACAUGUUUUGUAAUGGCUAUUAUAUGUGCGAUAGCUCAAUAGUAUGUAACAUGUACAUAUUGCUAAAAUUACUGAUGUUAGUUAUUGACGAGCAUAAUGCAUUUUAAUGAAUAAAAAUCUACCUCUCUGUGUUACUCUAAAGAUGCUAAGUAGACUUUUCUUUAAGGUUAGAUCUCCAACACACUGACGACUAAGCCACAUCAGACAAAUCAAUGUAGAAAUAUUUCACAGAAAUCAACACAACCCUGUAUUACAAUGUUCAACAAGCUGAUGUUGCCUGGCAACAAAUAAAAAUUCCCACCAGAGCAAAAGUUGGCUUGUGCAGCCUGGCAACAUUUGUUAUAAAAUCGGAGACACAGGAGAAUUAAAAAAAAAUCUAGAUCACUAAUUGUCACAAGUUUUAUAUACAAGACUUUGAGAAACCUUGGUUAGUUUUUGGAGUAAUUAGCCAGACAAAUUCUUUUACGCACGUGUAGUUUUACUCAGUUUAACUACUCAAAGUGGAUCUGAUCCACUCAGAGCUAAAAUGAACUGGCUAUUAAACCACUUCACAUGGCUGUUAUCAUUUGUACUUGACCUUGUGAUAAAUGUCCUGACUACCAUGAACAAUAACCUUU